GGGUGUUAGGGAGUGAUGCUUUACUGCCCAUCUUCAGAUGCAUUUGCCCUGCCAUUCCAAGGAUGGAUGGUCCUCCUGCGUCUUUGCAGACUGGGAAAAUAAGGGCAGCAGCGAACGUGAGAACAAGCAGCUCGGAGAAGAUGAUGAAGAGGAGACCGUCAAGCACAAGGAGCUCAAACUGCGAAACUAUGAGCCUGAAGAUGAGGAGCUGAAGAAGAGGAAGGUGCCCCAGGCCAAGCCAGCUUCAGUGGAAGAUAAGGUGAAAGACCAGCUGGAGGCUGCCAAGCCGGAGCCCAUCAUCGACGAGGUGGAUCUGGCAAACCUGGCUCCCAGGAAGCCAGACUGGGAUUUGAAGCGAGAUGUUGCCAAGAAGCUGGAGAAGCUGGAGAAGAGGACGCAGAGAGCCAUCGCUGAACUGAUCCGAGAGAGGUUGAAAGGGCAGGAGGAGGAGCUGGCAUCCGCUGUCGGGUCAGCGAAGCAGGAGGGGAGUGACUCCGACUGAGCAGGUAUGUCGACAGCUGUGGGCCUGGGCUCUGCGGAUCUGCCUCUGCCGGUAACGCCGAGCCCAGCGCCUUCGGGUGGAGGCACCUCCCUGGGACACGCUGCCCACCAAGGCUUUGCCAGAAGCCCACGAAUCCUACCCUGCCCGAAGACGAGAGGCAGAUCCCAGCUGUCCUCUCUCCUGGACUGUGGCUGGCUGUUAAGGAACGCUUCAUAUGCAGCUUUUUGGGACCACGGGGGCUGAUGGGAGCAGGACAGACACCCACGUUAGCUUGAACCUAGGCUGUCAGGACUCAGAGCAAGGAAGAUUUGGGCAAAAAAGACCCACAGAAGGUAAAUUCAGGCUAACUCUCCUCUGGCUUGUAAGCAAGAAGAUGCCCAUACGGCCAACAGCAGCUCUUAGAGAGGCACACCCAUUUCCCAGGGGACUGAUACUCCUGUUCCUGCACAGAGAUGCCUUUUUCAAGGGGUUCCUUUCUACAGAAGAGCUGCUGUAAGUGCCGUAUGGGGAACAGCGAGGACUGUCACUCUGGUGAGCUGGCUCUGAGUAUUUGGGAACAUCCGUGGUCAGACCCAACCUGUGCAGAAUAACUCUGCUGGAAGGAUCCCUGCAACUUCGGACCCGUUGGCUGCUCUGUGUCCAGCUGAGGUUAACGUGAGGUUUAUUCUGUUCCUUGAAGUUUCCUGAUGCUCCAGGCUGCACAGUGUGUACCACUCCUCUAUGUGUUUUAUAAUUGACAAAGUUUGUUGAUAACAAAUCUUUUUGUAAUAAAACAGUCCCUCAGCGGAAGGAGUUGUCCCUUAUUCUGCAGAGGACUGUGUGGAGGCAGCUCAGUUCACCUUCCUGAUGUCUGUGGGGACUUCAGGUCGCUGGUCCCUGUCCCCUUUGCUUCCUCAGGACAGGGAGCAGUGGGUUUUUGUUUGUGGAAGUCUGAGGUGGCUGAGCUGUAGCUGCAGCAUGUCAAAGCCAACUCCUGGGUCAGAGCUGUGCCACGGAUGGGGCAGCCUGGGGCAAUGCCAACCUCGUGGUGCUGGAAGAAUCGAGGGGGUGGGAUGUUGCAGAGCCGAUGCUGCAUCUUCCCUGGGAACCUUUGCUGGGGCUCCUGGAGGUCUUGCAGGAUGGUUGCUCCUGAAUCUCUGCAGAGAGACCUGGACAGGCUGGAGCAAUGGG